AUGACCCAUCGUGUCACGUACGAGUCCUCCAGCGACAUCGGCGUCUUCACCCUUCUCACAAAUAGGUAUGCGCUUGUCGCGCCGUCAGGGGCCAUGAACUACUACUCGGCCAUAGAGUCUAUCCUCGUUCCUCACGGUCUGCCGGUCAUUCGCACAACAAUCAAUUCAAGCAUCGUCGUCGGGCGCACCACUGUUGGGAACCGAAAGGGGCUGCUCCUUCCUAACAAUGUUCAGGACCAGGAGAUGCUUCACAUACGGAAUAGCCUUCCAGAUGAUAUUAUCGUUCAGCGCGUCGACGAGAGGCUCUCGGCUCUUGGAAAUGUGAUAGCAUGCAACGACCACGUAGCGCUGAUUCAUCCUGACUUGGACAGAGAGACAGAGGAGAUUAUCUCAGACGUCCUCGGAGUUGAGGUUUUCCGACAAACCAUCGCAGGGCAGGCCCUUGUAGGGACGUACUCCAAAUUUAAUAAUAGUGGGUGCCUCGUCCAUCCUAUGACAAGCCGGCAAGAGCAGGACGAGCUGGCGUCGCUGCUAACAGUCCCCGUCUGCGCCGGGACCGUCAACCGGGGCUCGCCGACCAUAGGCUCUGGUGUUGUGGUUAAUGACUGGUGUGGGUUUGUUGGCAGGGACACGUCGGCGACAGAGAUCUCAGUGAUAGAGUCUAUCUUCAAGAUCAGACAGCUCACAUCGAAGAACAUCCUGGCCGACAUGCACCAAGCUCUCGUGGAGAACUUCCUCUAG